AUGGCUGUCAAAGUGCAAGUUUCCAGGCCGCCGCCGCCGCCACCACCGCCUCCGAUUGACGUAUCUUACACACCUCAGGUAUCGGUGACGACCCUGCCUGCAACGGCGCCGAUUGCAGAAAUUCUGUCCGUGCUUGAACGCGACGGCGGGGUGAUCUUGAAGGAUCUCGUCUCCGCCCAGCAGCUCAAAUCCAUCGAAACCGAACUUCAACCGUGGAAUGAGCUGAAGCGGGAAGAUCCUGGUGAGGAAAUCACCAUCGUCAAGGGUGGACGAACGGCGCCUGAUCGGCCCAAUGGCAAGGGGUUCUACAUCGAACCCACCGUCGUGAGUGGCGUGAACCCGUCCAUGCGAGUCUACAAAGAGGAGAUCUUUGGACCUUUCCUGACCUUCACCGCUUUCACCUCGGAAGAGGACGUCGUCAAACUCGCCAAUGACGCCGAAUACGGACUCGGCAGUGCGGUCUUCACCAAUGAUGUUACCAGAGCCAUUCGUGUUGCACGAGAUCUCCAGGCAGGCUUGGAUGCUUAUUCGGUGUUGAAGGCUGUUCACCUCAAUUUGGUAUUCGCGACACCAGAUAUAUAG